AUGUCUGACGAAACAUCUACGCCAGAGAAGCCUCUGUUCUUUAGGCUCAGCACCGGUGGCGAAUUCGAGAGGCGACCCAGCAUAGCACAGACGUGGAUUGAAGAUGUCAUACAACGCCAAGAGCUUCUCUACGAUGAUUCGCCCCCAGGACUCUACCUCCGUCCAGACCAGGCUCCCGAGAACGCUGAGUGCCCAAUUUGGCGCAAGGUAGCGCAGACCAUACGCCCUCAGACAACGACGGCACUCACCGACUCAGACACUACGUCACUCUUGUCCCCCGUUCUGGAAUCUAUGGAUGCUCUUCGAGUGGAUCAUUCCCAGAUUGCGUACCAGUGGCAGCGGCCGAUUUCGGCUCGGAGCCCCGCGACAGACUCAGCUGGAUUGGAUCCUCCACAGAGAGUUCAGUACAAGGACAGCUGGCUUACACUGCAACGGCAGACGGGUGCAGGAUUCUACACCAUUGGUGUCUUUUUUGACAAUAGCUUGAAGGAGGUGCCUCAGGGUGGACGGCGUGUGCCAACCCCGGAGAAGUACAACCUAUAUCUGGACACAGGAAGUCGCCAUACGUGGAUAUAUCACAAAGAUCUUCAAGAGCUUCAAUGGGGGGAAAACCGUGCAGAGCAGAUUCGGAUUAGCCACGAUCUCAAGAAGUUGAAGGAGGGAAAGCAGCCUAUCUUAUUAGCCUUUAGCGACAAGACCGAUGCUCUCAUCUAUCUAACUUCUAAGGGAAGUAGGAUGAACUUUCAGACCAGCCCGCAUACCGAUGGUGUCACUCCGGGGAUGCGUCAUGUCCCAAUAGAGUUCCAAUUUGGCAUUGCAGUUGCGGCAAAUUUGAGAAUGAUUUAUCAGCCUAAGGAGGACUACCAUGGUGCUCUUGGGUUAUCCCUAGGAGAGAUUCAAGCGCUGACCGGCAGGCAUAACCGUCACGAACUACAGGAUUCUUCCAUCACAAUACGAAUCCUUGCGGAGGAUUAUAAAGCUGAAGAUCCUGGGGCGACAUUCAGCUACGUCAGUUUCGGCAAACAGUGGCACGGUCCUUUCACUCCACGAUGGUCCAAGCUCAUUCCGGUCGUAAGGGUGGCCCUAGGAGCGCCCCUACACGAUUGGGCCAUUUUGAUGACCCAGAUAGUGAUCGCAGAUGACAACGACUUGGAUAAACCUAUUGAUGCCCUUGACCUGGAAAAACCACUGAGGGUUUCCUUAGACACAGGAUCGCACCACACCUGGCUGCCAAAUGUCGUGAAUGUUUUUUUACAGGGCAGUAUCGAGAAGGUUUUUCAGGUAUAUGGAAGACAGCCUACGUCUCCAGAUGGCGUCGUUGUCAUUCCGUGUAUACCCGCAGGUCUCGACGAUCUCGAACAUAAGAGGAUCGGCUUCAAAUUCAAGAUGAGGGGUGGAGAGACCGAUGUCGUCUGGGGAAGGGCAAAGUCUUUUUUCACUGGUGGCCGAGCCGAACUAUCUAUAGUCAAGGGAGGGGGGUACGAGAGUUAUGUUCGUCAAGAGCGUCGCAACGAUAAAGGUGUUCUGGGCCUGAAUUUCUUUCAAACAUUUGCAGUUCGUCUCAACACUGAACUGAAGGACAUGCCUACCAUCCAGCUUGGGUCCCAAGUCUCGACAAGGCAGUUUGAUCUCCUUGAGACUGAGGCGCUUUGA